AUGUUUUCCGUCAUAUCAUACGACCCGUUCGGUCUCGGCAUGCAUCGGUUCGCAUCACCGAUGACCGGCCUGACACUGGAGUAUAUCGUCUACAAUCCCGUUGGCGAGAACCUCGACAACGUACGCCGCAACUUCAUCGUGGUCCAGUGCCCCGGUUGGGGUAUCGGCUCCUCCUACCUCCAACACGGUCUCUCCGACCUCUGGGCUCCAGCCCCGACAGAGUCGAGCAACACCCCAUCCACCACUUACACUGUCGUCUUUCUCCACCCCCGUGGAACGGGAUCCUCCGGUCCAGUCACUUGGAGCCACACAUUGAGCACGAUGCCAGACAUGUGCGCCGAUCUAGAAGAUCUCCGAGUCCAUCUGCGAGUGGAACAGUUCCCCGUAUUGAUGGGCCACUCCAACGGCGGUGCCAUCGCUCUGGGCUAUGCAGAGCUGUACCCAGAUCGCGUCCGCAAACUCAUCCUCGUCCAGCACCAGAUCAUCGGCAUGGGGGAUCGCCAAAACGAGAAAAUAGAGGCAAUGAGAGAGGAUCCCCGGUACGGCAGAGCGUUGGAUAACCUCGUGGGUCGAUAUGCGGAUACAGACGAAGGAUUGACCGAGUCAGUCAAUGCACUUUGGCCUCUGUACUUUCAUGAUCCGACAAAGUACAUCGAUGAAUUCCUGUACGCCGUUGGGGAUCAGAAGUUCCCCGUGUUCACAUAUCGCUACCAAGCACACUGUGAUGAGAGCCUCAACAGCCCGACACAGAUGAUCAAUGGCCUGAAGUAUGUCCGGGCCAAGACGCUGGUAAUCUUUGGAGAGGAUGACAUGAUCAUCGGGAUGAAGAUCGCUCGCCGUACGAAGGAGGAUAUCCCCGAUGCAAAACUGAUCGCCUACAAGGAGUGCGGUCACUUUCCGUGGGUGGAGCAGAAGGAGGAGUUUAUGAAGGAUGUCCGGCUAUUCAUCGAAGGUUCCCAAAACUGA